UCGGCAGACCGGCUGGGAGAAGCUCGGUACCUGGCUUCGACCUCCACAGUCCUUAAAUACCGGCUGCCGUCGCUCCGCUGUGCAGCGUGCUCUCUGCCCACCAUGCUGGAACACCUGAGCUCGCUGCCCACGCAGAUGGACUACAAAGGGCAGAAGCUAGCUGAACAGAUGUUUCAAGGGAUUAUUCUUUGUUCUGCAGUAGUUGGAUUUAUCUACGGUUAUGUGGCCGAACAGUUUGGGUGGACCGUCUACAUAGUGAUGGCUGGAUUUGCGUUCUCGUGUUUGCUGACCCUUCCUCCGUGGCCCAUCUAUCGCAGACAUCACCUGAAGGGGCUACCUGUUCAAGACUCAGCCAUAGAAGAUAAGAAACCGGGGAACAGGAAAGUUAAGGGGCAUGCUAAAAAUAAUUGAUUGGGGCUUUCAUGAUUCAGCACCUGCUUUUGUUUCCUGUGAGAUGAGUAAAAUGCUUUAAUAA